CAUCGUCCACCCUAACAACCUCCAUCAAACCAACCAUGUCCCAGCCCAAACAGUCCCCAACCCUCCUCCUAGCCCCAGGCUCCUGGCACACCCCAGCAAGCCUGAUCUACCUCCAAACCGCCCUCCAAAAAGCCGGCUACCCAGCGCAAACAAUCGCCCACCCCACCAACGGCGCCGACCCGCCCACCAAAACCCUCACCGACGACACCACCAACCUCCGCCACACCCUCUCCCAUCUCAUCGAGAAAGAGGGCAAAGACGUCGUCCUAAUUGCCCAUUCCUACGGCGGCCUCGUUAUCUCCAACGCAGCCGAAGGUUUCGGGAAGAAAGAUCGUGGCAAGCAGGGUCUGCAAGGCGGGAUUGUGCUUAUGGUUUAUAUGACUGCAUUCUUGGUGCCGAAGGGCAAAAGUCUAUUUGAGGUUUUGGGGGAGUAUAGACCUGCGAAUAUGGUUUUGGAAGGCUCAUACUGCCACGCAACCUCCGCCAAAGAAUCCUUUUACCAUGAUCUCUCACCUGAGAUGCUGGCAGAAGCAGAGGCGCAGUUAACGCAUACUUGCAUUGGGGCGUAUACGGAGAGUGUCAAUUACGAGCCCUGGCGCGAUAUUCCCUGUGCUUAUAUCUUCUGUGAGGAGGAUCGGGCACUGGGGGUGCCUGUUCAGGAGAUGUUGGUUGAGAUGAUGAGAGGGAGUGCCCCUUUUCCAGUUCUGACGGGGACGUUGAGGGCUUCGCAUUCGCCGUUUUAUAGUAUGCCUGUGGAGACGGCAGAGGUGAUAAGAUAUUUUGUUCGGGAAGUUGAGGGGGUUUAGUAGGGGUUUGUAUUUUUUUUUCUGUUGCUUUGGUUAUGGUUUCCAUUGAUUUGUCGGUUAGUUAGUAGUAUACUUAUGGUUAUGAACUUUGUGUGUUUACAUAUGCUCAAGGUUAAAAAAUGUUUGUAUUCUCGCUGGUU